CCGGAUUGAGGCGCCGCCAUUUUUGCUGCCCGGGCGCGGAGCGAGAGGCUGAGAGUUGGAGACGCUAUCCGCUUCCAUCCGUCGCGCAGACCCUGCCGGAGCCGCUGCCGCUAUGGAUGAUCGGGAGGAUCUGGUGUACCAGGCGAAGCUGGCCGAGCAGGCUGAGCGAUACGACGAAAUGGUGGAAUCAAUGAAGAAAGUAGCAGGGAUGGAUGUGGAGUUGACAGUUGAAGAAAGAAACCUCCUAUCUGUUGCAUAUAAAAAUGUGAUUGGAGCUAGAAGAGCUUCCUGGAGAAUAAUCAGCAGCAUUGAACAGAAAGAAGAAAACAAGGGAGGAGAAGACAAACUAAAAAUGAUUCGGGAAUAUCGGCAAAUGGUUGAGACUGAGCUAAAGUUAAUCUGUUGUGACAUUCUGGAUGUACUGGACAAACACCUCAUUCCAGCAGCUAACACUGGCGAGUCCAAGGUUUUCUAUUAUAAAAUGAAAGGGGACUACCACAGGUAUCUGGCUGAAUUUGCCACAGGAAAUGACAGGAAGGAAGCUGCGGAGAACAGCCUAGUGGCUUAUAAAGCUGCUAGUGAUAUUGCAAUGACAGAACUUCCACCAACACAUCCCAUUCGCUUAGGUCUUGCUCUCAAUUUUUCUGUAUUCUACUAUGAAAUUCUUAAUUCCCCUGACCGUGCCUGCAGGUUGGCAAAAGCAGCUUUUGAUGAUGCAAUUGCAGAACUGGAUACGCUGAGUGAAGAAAGCUAUAAGGACUCUACGCUUAUCAUGCAGUUGUUACGUGAUAAUCUGACACUAUGGACUUCAGACAUGCAGGGUGAUGAUUCCUAAAGGAAAAUCCAACUCUUCCUUUCCUAAAAACUCUACUUUGCGAAGAGCAGAAUAAAGAAGCGCUGCAGGAUGUGGAAGAUGAAAAUCAGUGAGACAUAAAAGCCAACAAGAGAAACCAUCUCUGACCACCCCACACCUUCCCAUCCCACCCCUCUUGGAAAUUCCCCCAUUGUCACUGAGAACCACCAAAUCUGACUUUUACAUUUGGUCUCAGAAUUUAGGUUCCUGCCCUGUUGGUUUUUGUUUUUGUUUUUGGUUUUUUUUUUUUUUUUUUUUUUAAAACAGUUUUCAAAAGUUCUUAAAGGCAAGAGUGAAUUUCUGUGGAUUUUACUGGUCCCAGCUUUUAGGUUCUUUAAGACACUAACAGGACUGCAUAGAGGCUUUUUCAGCAUUACUGUAUUGUCUCCUGCCAGAUGUGGCAAGAUCACCAUUAGAAAUGGAAAUUACAUUCGAAAGCCAUUAGACUUCUAGGUGAUGCAAGCAUCUAAGAGAAAGGUUAAUCACACUAUAGGAGGUAUAUGUGGUAUCACUUUUCUAAUUGAUUAAAUUGAAUUUUAUAUCAGUGUUUAAAAUUAAUUGGAUGUUAGCUUGAGGUGGUUAAAGGUUGUUUGGGGAGUUUGUUGUAAUGGUUUUGCUGUAAAAAGUGUUUCAAACUCUGCUGAAAUGUUGCUGAAAAGCAUGGUGCUGGUAACAGUUCAACAAUCCGUGGCUGCUCAUUCUUGCCUACUUUACUCUCCCUCUGAAGCAGGUUAGCAUUGAAGGUGGUAAUGGAAAAGCCUGCAUGCGUGUUCAAUUCUUUGUUUCUUCUCCUUCCCUCUCCCCCUGGGCCCUGCCCCUCCCCUCCUUCGCUCGCUCAACCUCUUUUGUUCAGUAUGUGUAACUUGAAGCUAAUUUGUACUACUGGAUAUCUGACUGGAGCCACAGAUACAGAAUCUGUAUUGUUCUUACUGAAACACAGCAUGGAUUAACAUUAAACUUAAAUAAAACAAACCUAAAUUAAAAAUGCCAAA